UAUCCAUUUAAAUAGCAAACAUUCUAAAAUUAAAAUAAUUUUUCAUGUGGAAAAUUGUGAAUAUAUACCGGUUUUCAAUUUCAAUUUUAUUUUACUUGUAUUGGCGCUCUUACUUAAUACAGUCAAUAAUUCCGCAGUUGAGAUGGCAACCGAAAAGAAGACUGAAAUAUUUGCAUUUCUGUUUAAGGUACUGAUCCUUUAUCAGUUCACCACAAGAUCUACAGUGUCUCCGAUAACACUAACUGGCGCUAGUUCAAAAAUUAUAGAUCCGAAUAUGGUGGAACAUUUAGAUUUUAUUAUGGUGGAACACGAAGGCAUUACAAAAUUGAAUGGAAGUGCUACGCAUCGAGUUGAACUUCAGUUUAUGGAAGCUGAAUUGAGUAUCGAUUCGGAGCGACAACCAGAUAAACAUGUGCGUUUGUUUUAUAUGAAGAUGGACGGUUGCAGAUUUCUCAAAGCGAAAUAUAAGAAAAAUCGUUUACUUGAACUGAUUCGAAAAGGUUUGAUAAAUUCACAAAGUUUUCUAACAAGCUGUCCCAUUCCAGCGCACCACACAUUUAAAGUUGAGCUAUUAGAUAUCAGUGACAUGUAUCCACACUUCUUGCCCAAUGUUACGUUUUUCGUGACUGGAAAGCUAUCUUCGCGUGGAAAUAUAUUAUGGGAAAUACAUCUAACAGGUUACACAAAAGAUGGCAAUAGAACGAAGAAUAGUGCUGCAUAAAGUACCAUAGAUUCGUAUUAAGAG